GUGUGGGAGGAGCUUGGUUUUCUGGAAGCUCUGUGGAGCGUCCAAGCACACGGGGGGAAGAAAAAAAACAAAAACAUACACCAAGGGCUGGAAAGUGUUGCCGAGCCGAGGAGAAAGAGACGGAGAGUGCAGCUUCUCAGUUUGUACGGUGAACACUUGAACCCGCCCGUCGGUCGGGUUUACGCGACUAGAAGGACUGCGCGCGUCUGUGUGCGCGCGUAUCCCCGAAAGUGUAACCCGUGGCUGUUCGGGAAGUGGAGAUCACCGUUAACCCACCUGGACCAGUGCUGUAACCCGAGCCUGAUGCGCACCGCCAACCGGGGGUCUGUCCGGGCAUUUCCUCCUCUGUGUGAGUGCAACAUUUAACAACACAGUCGUUACCGCCAGCGGAGUAAUGCUUGUUUGACAACCACGUAUGGUUUGCGUUUUGAGACGGGAGUACGUUACCGGGAAGCCGUGGGAAAGGCGGGGCCGAACCGGCGGACUCCCAAACCGGAUUAUUGAGCUCCCCCUGUGCCGAAUCACCCACAGCGACGCAGCAUAUUUUUUGGGGGGGCGGGGGGUCGACGAAGGAGGCAACAACUGGAAUUUAGAAACCUUUCUUGGGAACUCUUUACCGACUACACGAGCGGUGUUUUGUCAUUCAUUUCUGCCUAAACGGUCAGCUGUUCGUGGCCUCUCCGUUCCCCUCUUUUUUUAGGAGCACCGUCAGGUUUGGGACGCAUAUUUUGGGGAUCAUUUUUCCCCCAACCGGGGUCGGACUAUGGCGGACGACGACAUCCUCUUUGAAGAUGUGUACGAGCUCUGCGAGGUCAUUGGCAAGGGUCCCUUCAGCGUGGUGCGGAGAUGCAUCAACAGAGAGACGGGGCAGCAGUUCGCUGUCAAAAUCGUGGACGUGGCCCAGUUCACCUCCAGUCCUGGACUCAGCACGGAGGAUCUGAAGAGGGAGGCCAGCAUCUGCCACAUGCUGAAGCAUCCCCACAUCGUGGAGCUGCUGGAGACGUACAGCUCAGACGGGAUGCUCUACAUGGUUUUCGAGUACAUGGAUGGAGCAGACCUGUGCUUUGAGAUCGUAAAGAGGGCAGAUGCUGGCUUUGUCUACAGCGAAGCCGUGGCCAGUCACUACAUGAGACAGAUCCUCGAGGCGCUACGCUACUGCCACGACAACAACGUCAUCCACCGAGACGUCAAGCCCCACUGUGUGCUGCUGGCGUCCAAAGAGAACUCCGCUCCGGUGAAGUUGGGGGGGUUCGGAGUCGCCAUCCAGCUCGGGGAGUCGGGACUGGUGGCCGGAGGUCGGGUAGGAACUCCCCACUUCAUGGCCCCAGAGGUGGUGAAGAGAGAGCCGUACGGUAAACCUGUGGACGUGUGGGGCUGUGGAGUCAUCCUCUUCAUCCUCCUCUCAGGCUGUCUGCCUUUCUACGGCACCAAGGAGCGCCUGUUUGAAGCCAUCUGCAGGGGCAAAUACAAGAUGAAUCCACGGCAAUGGGCCCAAAUCUCAGAGAGCGCUAAGGACCUGGUGAGGCGCAUGCUGAUGCUGGACCCUGCUGAGAGGAUCACCGUCUACGAGGCUCUGAACCACCCCUGGCUGAAGGAGAGGGACAGAUAUGCCUACAAGAUCCACCUGCCAGAGACGGUGGAACAGCUGAGGAAAUUCAACUCCAGGAGGAAGCUGAAGGGGGCUGUUCUGGCUGCAGUGUCCAGUCACAAGUUUAAUUCCUUCUAUGGAGACCCCCCCGAGGAACUCCAUGAAUUCUCCGAAGACCCCACCUCCUCAGGACUACUAGCAGCAGAACGGGCUGUCUCUCAGGUGUUGGACAGUUUAGAGGAGAUCCACGCUUUGACAGACUGCAGUGAAAAGGAUCUAGAUUUCCUUCACAGUGUUUUCCAGGACCAGCAUCUACACACACUGCUCGAUCUCUACGAUAAGAUCAACACCAAGUCGUCCCCACAGAUCAGAAACCCCCCCAGUGAUGCCGUGCAGAGAGCCAAAGAGAGUUCCUCCCAAGACGAAGCAAGUGGCGCUUUGAAUCACCUGGAAUAUGUACUGGAAGAGAUCUCCUGCUACCCAGAGAACCACGAAGCUAAAGAACUCAGACGGAUACUGACCCAGCCACAUUUCAUGGCUCUGCUGCAGGCCCACGACGUGGUGGCCCACGAGGUUUACAGCGACGAGGCUCUGAGGGUGACCCCUCCGCCCACCUCGCCCUACCUGAACGGAGAGUCCCCAGACAGCACCAACGGAGACAUGGACCUGGAGAACGUCACCAGGGUCCGCCUGGUCCAGUUCCAGAAGAACACAGACGAGCCGAUGGGCAUCACGCUGAAGAUGAACGAGUCAAACCACUGCAUCGUUGCCAGGAUAAUGCACGGGGGAAUGAUCCACAGACAAGGAACGCUGCAUGUAGGAGACGAGAUCAGGGAGAUCAACAGCAUCAGUGUGGCCAACCAGACUGUUGAGCAGCUGCAGAGGAUGCUGAAGGAGAUGCGAGGCAGCAUCACCUUUAAAAUAGUGCCAAGUUACCGGACGCAGGGCUCCUCCUGUGAGAAAGAGUCCCCCAACACCUCCAGGCAGUCCCCUGCCAAUGGCCACUCCAGCAUUAACAGUUCUAUCUUGGACCUGCCUUCCACCAUUCAGCCCAAAGGUCGACAGAUUGUUUCCAGACCUCCAAUCAAGGACAAAAUGUCUGUUAAGAUCUACGUGAGGGCUCAGUUCGAAUACGACCCCUCCAAAGACGAACUCAUCCCCUGCAAGGAGGCCGGCAUUCGCUUCCAGGUGGGCGACAUCAUCCAGAUCAUCUCCAAGGACGACCACAACUGGUGGCAGGGCAAGCUGGAGAACACCAAAAACGGCACGGCAGGCCUCAUCCCGUCGCCAGAGCUGCAGGAGUGGCGCGUGGCGUGUAUAGCCAUGGAGAAGACCAAGCAGGAGCAGCAGGCCAGCUGCACCUGGUUCAGCAAGAAGAAGAAGCAGUACAAAGACAAGUAUUUGGCAAAGCACAACGCAGGUACACCAUGCACUCGCACACAUCCAUAAUCAUGCAUGUGCACACUGAACAACAUGCAUGUAUGUCAGCACAUUGUUUGUGAGGGCUUGAGAGCAUGCAUGUCAGUCCAUCUGUCUGUCUGUCUGUGGGUGGAACUCGUAUGUAACAGGAUCUCGUAGCACUCGUCUCCUGUGGCGGAGCCUCUGCCAGGAAAGACAGGAAAAGCUGUCAGUGCAGCAGAAAUCUUAUAUGAGCACAGGGAUGGUUUUGGGAAGUGUGGGCAGCUCGUUGAGUCCAGUUUUGAGCCAAUAACUCUGAAUUUGAUGCACAGUUUUAAAGUUGUCCCAUUUGUCCCUUCAGUAAACGCGUGGUGUCAAGUACAGUUUAUGUUUAGCGACGACUGGACACGGAUGUAGCACAUACCAUAGAGUCACUACUCAAAUAUCACCGACAUGUGUCUGGCUCGCUGAGCAGGCGGAGAUGUCGAGGAGUAAAAGCUCAACACCUGAGUUUGCGACCUGAGUCGUGACUGUUGAGUAAACACGGCAGGCGGAGGAGGAGGUCAGCGUGAGAGUUUAGUGACGAGACAGCAACAGGAGGUGGGAAAGGUUUUUGUUUCCUGAACAGACAGAAAGCUGUGGCUCCGCCUUUCACCUUUUUUGGUCUGUAGAAACUCUUUUAUGUUGUGUCGAUGCAGGUUGAUAAAGUGGAUUUUGGACAGUGGUUUCCAACCUUUUUGGCUUAUGGUCACUUAAAAUGAAAUGAAAUCCUCAGGCCGCGAGUUCCAGAGCUGCGGGGCAUUGACCGCAAAAGCCUGGUCCUUUAGUCCUGAGCCGGGACUCAGGAAGAGCCAGCAGAGCCUCGAGGAUCAGGGGCUUCGCCGCGGCUCCUAGAGGAGCAGCACAUCAGCAGCGUAGCUAUGGGCUGAACCGUGAAGUGCUUUAAAUGUGAUCAUUAUAACCUUAGAACCCGUUCUCAAACCGACUGGUAACCAGUGACGAGAGGCUCAAACAAGCAGAACGGAGCGGUGCAAAGAGUGCAGGGUGGCGUCACACCUUCUGUACGGUAUGUGCGCUGAGCAGCAGGUGCUUGUGGCGCAUGAGCUCACUGAGCAGUAGCAGAGAUUUUGAGGUCACACUCCAGCUGAGACCAGAACAAACUGUGUUUAAAAACUGGUCUUCACGUGAGGACGAACCCCCCAAAUCCUACAGUUCAGCAGCUGUAGAGCAAAUCAAGCUGUUCAGACAUCUAUCAAGCACUUUGAACACCAGGAAGACGAUAAAUGGAGCUUCUAUUUCUUAAAUACUUGUUAUAUGUCACAUCCGUGCAUGUCGUUUUUUUUUUUUUUUUUUCAAAAGACUAAGGUAUAACGUAUGUGUGUGUGUGUGUGUGUGUGUGUGUGUACAGUAUGUUUGGGUGUGUGUUUGCAUCUGAACAUCCAGAUAAUAAGCACGUCUGUCAAUGUCCAUUGAAAAGGAACUGCUGAAAUGUUCUAUAGCAUGCAGCUCAGAACAUAAUAGUUAUGUAGUCAUAAAAGCAUGAAUGCAUGGGAUCCAAAGUAUUUAAACAGAAGACUUCACUUUGACUUCCACUCAUCGCAGUAAACCAGGACACUGAUAGUUCCCAUGGUAGAAGUAAGUAGGGUUGAAACAGGGCGUUGAGAUUCUUGUAUUUCCCAGGAAUUACAUUUCUUUGCAUGUUUUUGUGCCGUGUGCAUCUGUGAGAGUGCGUAGAGAAAACUAUUGUCAGCACUGAAACAGAGACGUCUUCUCCAAACCUCAUCUGUGAGCUCCGCCAGCAAAUGAAACAGACAAAUAAGUAGAAUUGUUUUGUGUGAAUGAAGAGAAGAGAAGGUGGUUAACCAGCAAAUGUCUUUAUUCUUUCACACAAAACAGUUGGAAGAACAAAGUUAUUAAACAUUGUUAUGAUGCUGUAAUAAUACUAACUAUUGUUGUUUUAAAACAUUUGAAUGGUAAACGGCUCGAGUAAUAUCCUCAGGUGAGCUCUGUAACGGCUGGACUUCUUUGCCACCUCACAGAAUAACAUUUUACUAUAAACUAAGAGAAUUGAAAGAAUAACAAACAAACGUGUUAUGACCAAUUAUCUGCUGAUUAAAGUUCAACCUAAUUUAUGUGAAGAAGUCCACAUUUCCCCUGGACACUGUCUCUGUUCCCCUGAAAGCUGCUGCUGUUCUUGACGUCUCUGCGGAGUCUUUACCGCUCAGUGACGUGUCACUGGGAGUUCACCCUUCGGCAGCAGCAGCAGUGUCUUGUGUACUAUUUCCGUCUCCGUUGUUGGCGCUGUGCAGUGCUGCCCAGCUGUUGAAUCUUGCUGUCUGUGUGUAACAUUUUGUAACUGCUGUUGUAACUGAACCAUGUUAUGACCCCUCUCCAUCGCUCUCGCUUUCUCCUACUGAACGGCCUCUCUGCAUGUAAGUAACAACCAGUGACAGCAACCACCUCCUCCUCUCUUCUUCUUCUUCUUCUUCUUCUCUCGCUCCUGUAGAUUAAGCCAGCUGUCACUGCCAGCGUUUCACUUUUGUUUCUGUUGAUUUGGUCCUAAAACAACAGAAGGCUGAGACCAAACUGAAGCCAUGUAGCUUAGUUAGUCAGAUAUCGUGUGCUGUGAUCUUCAUCUUAACCCAUUUUUUUUAAAAUCAUGUUUGGUCAAGUGUGCUCGUUAGCAGAGCCAGAAGACAGUAAUGUAAAUAUAAUUAGACUCUGGCGUUAACUACAUACAGUAUCUUCUCUUCUUCUAUUUUUAAACAAUGAUUCACCGUCAGUCUGUAGCCGGUCUGCAGCCUCCUAUUGCACAAGAUAACCCAGUGACUUGUGGGUAUUGUAUUUCACUCGUCAGCACCCUGAGGUGGGGGCUCGUGUUACAGAGGCUGAGAACAUAUUGUACAGUGAGCAGCUCUGCUCUCACAGAGACACUCUGUACAGCAGACAACCUGCAAUCUGCUCAUUUAUGCUGCUCUGUGAUUUGUCCUGCUCUGUGCAGGUACAUCAUACCUAGCAUUACAUUUAAUGACUAUUAUUACAGAAUACAUUAAAGGUAAUAGUUCUGUUACGACAGUUUGAAUACAGGAUAACUAAUAUGUGCAGUUGUGUUAACUUAAGAAAGCAAGUUCAUAUUUAGAAGAGAUAGUUGCUGAAGUUUAGAAACGAUGUAAAUCAGAAACCAGAAUUAAAACAGUCGAUAGACGGGUAAUAAAUAAAUCAUUCUAUCAAAUAUGUUUGGUUUCAGCUUUUCUAUUGUGAACAUUUGAAGCUUUUCUUUGUCAUAUGUGAUUGUUAACUGAAUCGUUUUGGGUGUUAGACUUUAAAUGUGCAACCUUGAGCUCAUUUUGUAAAGAUAAAAUGUUGGUAAAUUAGCAAUAAUUUGGUCAAUAAAUUGUAAGAAAAGAGUAAAACAUGCCAAUCAAAGUGUAUCGAAGCCCAAGUUGGAACAAUUAAAUUGAAGAUUUUCAAUUAACUGUCAAAGAAGACGAAGAAAAGUUGGAAAUAUUCACAUUUUAGAUGCUGGAGACAUUGAUUUUUUCCCCCUUUUAUUUAAUCCAGUUUAGCUCCUUUUCUACAAUAGUUCUUGUUACAACACAAUGAAGUCAUAAACAACUGUGAAUGUUUGGAUAACAAACGCCAGACUUUGAGAAAUCACAGAAAUAAUCACUUUGGGCGGAGUUGUUUCUUUAUGCAGCCAGUCAGAGAGGUGAAGUCGUUAUACUUUCAUCAUCCUGGUGGAGUUUUUGUUUUUCUCUCAUCAUCCUUUUACUAGAUGAACAUCUGCUCGGUCAGAUUUAUUUAAUCUCGGAGCAGAGCGGUUAUUUUAAAGGAGUCUUCAUCACUUCACAGAUCAUCUCAGCUCUCCAGUUGUUUUUAUUUGUUUUGAUGAGUGACCCAACUCGCUCCUCUCUUCACCACAUAGUCACCAGAUGUGUUUCAGACUCUUGUUAGUGCGCCUUGUUCCCCUCUAACUGCUGUUUGUUCCAGCACACUUUGCUCCUCCUCCUCUUACUCCGUUUCUCUCUCUCACCUCCAGUGUUCGACC